CCGUCAGCCUCGAGAUUUUAACUGCGUGAUUGUUUCAAAUACUUCUAAAUAGUGACUGUCCAAUGUGUAAAAUUGGUGUUUUCAUCAAUCUGCCGUAAUGGUGUUUUGGUAAACUAAAGAAUCGUAAUUUGGUGAAACGGUGAAGAUAUCGAAAUUAACUAUCAAUGUGAUGUGAAUUGUAAUAAGCAAGGUAUUUUCCUGGAAAAGCUAUAAUCAGUAAAUAUUCACGCGAUUCAAUCAAACGAUUUCUAUUGAUUCGGUUCAGAAAAGAAUAUUUUACGCCUUUUGCAGACGCAACGCAGGCAGGAAAACAAGUUUGUUCCGUCGACACGUUUACUGCGAAUUGCGAUUGGUAUUUCCUGGGCAUUUUGUCUGGGCUGAACAAUAACAAGAAGAGUGCUAGUAAAAAGGAGAAAAAAAACUUAUGUCGUCUUAGAUGUGGCGAACUUCGAAAUAUUGUGCUCGUGAUUGCUGUCUUCAAAAGUGCGAAAAUGUUUUAAAAGUGUGGUGCUAAAUAGAGAUGUUAAGGCUAUCCGGAUUUUCCUAGUUACCAGCAGAUUUGAACUACACACAGUGGUGCCAGUGCCGGUGUAUCGACGUCUGUUUUAGAGACGAGAGGCGAAGUCCUCGCAUAGCAUCGCAAAUUGCAGUGCCGCUCGAGAUCGACUCGUUGUCGUCAGUGAAAGUACACGCGCGCUCUGAAUUAGCACGUUGUAACAACCGUGUCGCCACGAUUGUCGAGACUGCCACUCCACAAUCAAACAAAAUAUUCUUCACAAUUGUGACUUUCGUAGGCCAACAGAAACUUGCGUUCAGGUAAUCAACAUCAAAGCCUCGAUAAGAAUGUCUUCUUCGGACAGUAUUCCACCCCAGCCGGUGCCAAUAUCGCAACCUACUCGUGUCACUCAGCCAGUGGUUACCGUUUCCCCUCUGAUUGUGAAAGAAGGCUGGCUGUAUAAACGCGGUGAGCAUAUUAAAAACUGGCGCUCACGUUACUUCAUACUACGGGACGAUGGUACCUUGGUUGGCUAUAAAAACCGACCGGAUGCGGCAUUCCAGGCGGAGCCCUCUAACAAUUUCACCGUUAGGGGAUGUCAGAUUAUGUCCGUCGACAGACCCCGGCCUUUUACAUUUAUCAUCCGUGGCCUGCAGUGGACAACCGUCAUAGAACGGAUGUUUCACGUGGAAGAGGAGAAGGAACGCCAGGAAUGGGUAGAGGCGAUUCGUAGCGUUGCCAAUCGCAUCACGGAGGCUGAAGCAUAUCAGGCCGGAUCACAAUCCAACGAGGACGUCGAGAUGGCAUCAAUCGCGGAAGAUGAACUGCUGACCGAAAAGUUUUCGGUGCAGGGAACCUCAACUGGAAAGAUUAGCGGACGAAAGAAAGUGACACUGGAGAAUUUUGAAUUUUUGAAAGUACUUGGCAAAGGAACCUUCGGAAAGGUUAUCCUGUGUCGUGAGAAAACUACCGCCAAACUGUACGCUAUUAAGAUUCUUAAGAAGGAAGUGAUUGUUCAGAAGGAUGAAGUCGCACACACAAUGGCUGAGAACCGUGUUCUGAAAAAAACUAAUCAUCCUUUUCUGAUAUCAUUAAAAUAUUCAUUUCAAACAGUCGACCGUUUGUGUUUUGUAAUGCAGUACGUCAACGGUGGAGAACUUUUCUUUCAUCUCAGCCGUGAGCGUGUUUUCUCCGAAGACAGAACACGCUUCUAUGGUGCCGAAAUCAUAUCAGCGCUGGGAUAUUUACACCAACACGAGAUAGUCUAUAGAGACCUGAAGCUGGAAAAUCUCCUGCUAGACAAGGAUGGACACAUCAAAAUCGCCGACUUUGGCCUCUGUAAAGAAGAAAUCACGUACGGCCGAACAACUAAAACAUUUUGCGGCACGCCGGAAUAUUUGGCACCGGAAGUAUUGGAGGAUAAUGAUUACGGCCUAGCAGUAGACUGGUGGGGCACCGGUGUUGUAAUGUACGAAAUGAUGUGCGGUCGAUUACCGUUUUACAACCGCGAUCAUGACAUCUUGUUUACAUUGAUAUUGAUGGAGGAGGUAAAGUUCCCCAGAAACAUUAGUCCUAAUGCAAGAGACUUGCUGAGCGGACUGUUGAUGAAGCAACCAAAGGAUCGUCUUGGCGGUGGGGUUAACGACGCAAAGGAGAUAAUGGCCCAUGCAUUUUUCUCCAGCAUUAACUGGGUUGAUCUAUAUGCGAAACGCAUACAACCCCCCUUCAAACCUCAGGUUACAUCCGACACAGAUACGCGCUACUUUGACUCAGAAUUUACCGGUGAAAGCGUUGAACUGACCCCACCUGAUAAUACUGGACCGCUAGGGGCAAUUCAAGAGGAACCACACUUUUCACAGUUCAGUUAUCAAGAUAUGGCAUCGACAUUAAAUACACCGUCGUAUAUAAGCAAUGCCACAAGCUUUGUCUCAAUGCAGUGAAGAAACUACUCAAGGAACAUCCCGAAUUGAAAAGUACGACAGCAAAAGCUACCAGCAUUGUAUAAUUGAACUCAACGGCUUGAAAUGUCGCUGCUCUUUUUUGUUCGAAGCCGUUAUAAAGCGUUUGGGACCGUCGCCGCCAGGUAGGCCUUUUCAGUGUAUAGUUGUAGCAUUUGCAGUUCCGAAAAGAUAUCUAAGUUGAGGAGCAGGAGGGGAAUUUGGGCAUUUUCUAUUGUGUAUUUGACUAACUGCGUUGCCCAUAAAGGAAUAUCGGUUUCCCGUUCGAUGUAAACUGAAACGGAUAUAUGAUUAUGAAGAAUGCGGUUCUGCCCAACAUUUCCCGUUAAAGCAUCGGAUCUAUCAAAUCAACGAAUAGCAGGAAUGAGGCCCCGGAGGCUAAUUUAGCAGCUAGAAUUCAACCCCAAUUUGAUGACCGGAUGACCGUCCACAGGAGCACAGUACUCAAGGACUUGUUCCGCGCAUCGACAAGACGCCCCGCAGUAAUAAAUCGGAUUAUUUCAGGUAAUUAUGCCAACCGAACAAACAGGACGCAAACACAAAACGAAUGAAAGGUCGCCAAAGGACCAACAUUAACAAUAGCCCACAUGUACAACUUGAAACGCAGGUCGCUCCGGUUGUACACUCAACAUAAAAAAAUCUAUUCCAUUCAAUUUUUCAUCCGCAUCCCAGGAAGUGAAUUUAUUAGCAAAUUCAAAAGUCAAACAUUAAACUAUCAAGAAACACACUAACGUAUGAAAAGAUCCUCUGCAAAUGAAAUCGCUCUUCCUUUGAAAACUAAAUAUGCUACCGUAUUUAAUAUAUAAUGAACACUAGAAUACAACUAUAAUGAGACGGAUCGAACUGUGAUAAUUACAUAAAACCAAUCUAAAAUACAAAAAAGAUCGAUAACCGAAGCAAGAAAUUUUGUCAAACAUUAUACAGUCGUAAUAAAAAAAAUUAAAUUUUAGUUAAUUUUAAGCAUAAUCAAGAUGUCUAUUAUCACUAUUAUUGGUGUUUAUAAUUGCUAUUAUUACAAAAAAACAGUACAGUGGAUUUCAAAAAAUUAUUCCCAUGCCACAAUAGCCAAGCUCGCGAUAACUGCACAUACACAUACAAAUGUUUCCUCAAAAUUUGCGGUUUACCCUGUCGUGCAACAGGGCAGCGGUUAGAAGCACUUCACUUAAUAAACUGAUUCUCUGAAAAAUAUUACCGUUAAGAGAAGUCGAAACUCGUCUCAAAUGUUUAAUUAGCUCGAGCACGCAUAGUGGACUUCAAAUAUUUAAAGUUUUCAAAAAAAAUCACUGCAAGUUGUAUGUGCAUAAAUCUUCCUUAUCACAUUUUAAAAACAUCAAACUUGAUAUAAUUAUGAGCGCUCGACAGAUAUUCGAAAGAAAAUGACAGCCCGCUAACAUUACUAAAUUUGUGUCAAAUCAAAAACAGAUGUGUGCAACCUCGAGCAUGGCGUUGCUUAUGUAGACCCUGAAAAAUAAUUAAGUUCUAUGACUGUACUCAAAAACAACUUUGGAUGUUGAUGCUACAGCGGGCGCUUUAAUUAGACUCCAGCUAUGCUAGAGGCAUCCCCUCGGCUGAGUUGUAUCACUCAGCAAUGUACAAAAUACACAGUGUUGUCUUGAAGUAAUAUUUGACUAUUGAUGCGAUAAACCAGAAUAAAUAAAUAAAAAUACGACGAUUUUGUAACACAGAUAAUUACUUAUCCAAGAAUCAGUGAAGGUGCCUAAAACUUACGAAAUCAUUUAGCUGGCACAAUUAAGUAGAAAAUUGAUGGCUAAGACUAGGUCAAAUGGCGUGAUAUGAAUUGGCAUAUUUAAGGAACCGUCGCUUUCGGAAUCUCUAAUUCACGGUAUGCCAGUUCAAGUGACAGAAAACAUACAACAGAAGAGUUGGGAAUCAUCUAUCUUUUUCGGUUUUGUUUUUUUAGAUAAAUAACUCAAACCUUUUAGAAUCAUUCUAGAGUAUGAAUCAUGUUUGGGAAACAUCAAUAUCCUAAUAGCGUACUACCUAUAUGAUUUUUUUAUAGCUAUUUUUCUUAAUAAUGCGAUCCGUCAGAAAUAUCGGGAAUACAAUUUUCAGCCAGCAUACUGUGAAAUCGAUCGAUUGGGAUGCAUCGACAUGGCGUGAUCGAGUAAUGUCCUGUGGGGUAGUCUCGAGUCUUUCAACUCUUAAGUAUAUUUGGGAUCCUCUGGUGGCCAUUGUAUUGUUAUUACAAAUAAGAAAAUCCAAUUACGCAUUCAAGCUGGAAAUGGAAACUGGAAAAGUGACGAAGGCAUACAUACUCACUUGCCGUAUUCGAGCGGAUGGUACUGCGGACUAAUUUUUCCGGAAUGAAAAAUGAAAAGAAGAUAACGACGGACAGAACUAGUCGUGAGAAUGUCAGCUGACAGUGCGAAGAAAACUGGGCUCCUCAAUGACACUGUUGGUCGGCACCAGUAAUACAGGGCGGUUCAGCAUAGUCGAAGGUGAUUUGCGAUUGAUUUGUCUGACCCUUCGAACUUGAAAUCCGAUUUCCUACUGAUAGAAUUUAGAUUUACGGUGGAUCGGAUUCACGAGAAAUGAGUUUGGAGUUUUUUAGUCUAUAACUAACGCGAUGUUUAGUGGAUAUCGAUGCUUCUGGUCACCAUAACCGUCAUAAGAGUGGCACAGGGGGUGACUUAGCAUUAAGGUGACUUGAAAUCUCCAAAAUCAACAGUCUCUUAUUUUGCAUAACGGUUAAGCCCCAUUUUUUUCAAAAUUCAGAUCAUAACAUCACAUGAUAGUAUACACCCCUAACAACGUCCCCAUGAAAGCCGGUUGUAAAACAUUGCAUUUCCGGAGGCACACGACAUAAAACAAUUUUGGCUAAUAUCCAAAAUAAAUGAGAAGUUGGCUAAUAUCUGUGAUGAUUUCAAACCGCACGCGCAGCAACCGAUGUGCUCUUAUUUCGCAUUUUCCAUCACACAUUCCAAUUGAUCAUGUGGUGUGGUGGUUUCAGACGUAAGGAAUCCUUUAUUGUGGCUGUAAUGGUAUUAAUAAAAAUAAGUAAGGCUAGCAAUCGCUAAGUUUUUGGAUCGAAUCUUGUUAAUUUUUUUAUUGUCACGACAGCCUGCACGGUAAAAUUUGCAGCUCCGAUUAACGUCGGCAUGAUGAAGCUGCUUCUACCUACAAGCGCUCGAACCUUACGCUUCGUUGGCAACUUCUUCGAGGUGCACGGAUUAGAUGUUUCAUCGUCCACUUCGUCCUCACUUGUGCUUUCUUACUGUUUUAAAUAGUUUAAAACCAUUUUGAAGACUCACCAGCAUAAGAUAAAUGACAACGUAUGCACGUUAGCCAAUUUUUUUCCUGGAUUGUCAACUCUCCUUGUGUUUAUAAAUGAAACAAUGGCUACUGCGUUAAAAAUGUUCCCCGGAAGGAAUUUGGCCACAGCUAUCGUUGUUUCAAUUCAACGGCAUGGCUCCGGCAUAUAUGACGGGUAAUAUGUACAUUAAACAGGUUGCCGUUACCGCGUAAAACCUAUUUGACAGACAAAGUAGUAAAAUUGCAUUUUUCUCAAUUUCAUGUUCGUAGCAUAUUAGCCAAUUAUUCAUUUCUGGGCAGAGUAGGCCAUUCUUGGGAUAACAGAAUGGGGUAAAUUCUGACGACACCACUCUUGUGAUGGGAUGAGAAGGUAGGGGAUGCUGUCGGAAUCAGUAGUUUCCAUUUGGAAUCAAUUUCAUAGCACAAAUCGGCAAAUGAUUCUUCACGAUGAAUUUGACGAUUCGUCGUAUUCUGAAACGUCCAGCCAUCCUACUUAUUUCUUUUUUUUGUUAGAUUAUAGUCACUUCAACCAGGUUGGGUCAUUCGUGACUUCGGCGGGGUUGGGAUUUGAACCCGGGUCCUCGACGUAAGAGGCGUGAAUGCUAACCACUUCGCCGGGACUGACCCCGUAUCCUACUUAUCUUUGUAAUUAUCAGUAAACGUUGCUGCAAAUCAUCAUUGCAGACAAACAUUUUGCUGUUUAUGAGUAUCUUUUAACAAAAACGUUUUUCAUCCGCAAUAAAUGUUUCACAGUCUAAGCUGCUUCUCCUUCUUAGCUGCGUUCUGUGUGCUUUAAGCUUCAAAUCGUGACUGAUGAUAUUCCUGACAGACGAUUAAGACUUACUGAUUGUCUAACUUUACUUUGCUGUAACCCAAAUUUGUGAUUUUUUUUCAAUUGAUUCUAUAUAUUUAUGAUUCAAAGUAGUGUCCGGUGAUGGCUUUGGCCCGCUAUCACCUUUGCGCAUCUUUCCAGCAUUCGCGUGACAACAUUGUAACACCUGAACCUUUAGUUUUCUACAGCAUUGUCUCUUACAUUCGAUUAAACAUUGAAGUUAUCCUAAAUGUUAUGCCGCACAUAAUCCGUUCAGUUGAAUGGAAAUGAUACCCAUCUAACGAACAGAGCAAAUCUACGACUACGCAAUAGUAAAUUGCGUAAAUGGGUAGUAAUCGUAACAGAUGUUUUUGCUCAAGUCAUGCUCAAUAUCGUGCCAUUUUUUAUAAACCCGGUCUGGCCUGCAAUCAAACUGUAAAUUAAUAAAGUGACAAAAAUUAUUGUGCACAAUUUCGGUCAUGUAUUUCCAACUGAAUCUUUGCUACACAGCCGCCUAGAUUGUGAGUACUAGAGUUAACGAGAAGAAAAAAUGAUUUGCAAACUAAAUCAGAAUAUCACUGCCUUAGAUAAUAAAAACAAAAAAAAAAACAAGAGCAUCAUGAACUGACAUUACCAAGAACGAACGUCUGGCAUGGGAGAAACUUACAUUAUGUAAACUUUUAGUAAAAUACUAAAAACAAAAUUAUAAAGCUUACCAUAAAGUCAAUAGGUGACUAAAAACUAAUGUAUAGGAAAUGCGAUGCGAAACACCCCCGCAGAAUUCAUAGGCACUAAAUCAUAGGGUAACCAUUCGAAUGAAGAAGCAAAACACGAAAUAAUGAUAUGUGAACAUAGUGAUAGGUAAAAUAUAAUGCU